AUGAAGGCUUCUCUUACAGGCGCUGCGUUGCUGAGUCUAGGCUCAGCUGCGCAAGCACAAUCUAUUGUCUCCAACUGUCCAGCAACGAACGUGUGUUACAAGUUGAAUGUACCAGAUACCACAGCUAGUUCAGGAAGUGGCGACAUCUACUUUCAAAUCUCAGCACCAACAACGUACUCAUGGGUCGCCCUCGGUCAAGGAUCCGGGAUGCGCGGAUCCAACAUGUUCGUGAUGUACACAUCGUCCAACGGACAGAACGUCACGGUCUCUCCGCGAUUGGGAACUGGAUACAACAUGCCACGAUACAAUUCUGCGGCCCAGCUUGAAGUGCUUGAGGGAUCGGGAGUGAGCAAUGGGAUGAUGACAGCCAACGUGAAAUGUAGCAACUGCAACAGCUGGGGCGAGUCUGGGAAAAUGGACUUCUCGUCUACUGCUGCAAGCAACUGGAUUUACGGCUAUCUCUCCGGAGAACCGCUCAACAGCGACGACGUGGAAGAGACGGCAGCCACAACCCCAGCAUCGGCUGGUACAUCCAUGGGUACCGGAUCCUCCAGUGGUGGCGGAUCCUCCGUUUCUAGCAAGCUCAUCAUCGCCCAUGGUGUCAUCGCAUCAGUCGCAUUCAUCGCAGUCUUCCCUAUCGGCGGCAUCAUCAUUCGCCUUGCAUCCUUCACGGGCCUCCCGUGGGUGCACGCAGCGAUCCAGAUUCUCGGAUACUUGAUCUUCACGGUUGCAUUCGGGAUGGGAAUUUGGAUCGCUAGGAAUCUGGACCUCCUUUCGAACCACCACCCAAUCAUUGGAAUUGUUCUCUUCGUACUGCUCUUCGCACAGCCCUUUGGUGGUAUUCUGCACCACCGCAUGUACAAGAAGACAGGUCGUCGCAGCAUUGUCUCUCACUUGCACGUCAACCUCGGUCGCGUCGCUAUUAUUUUGGGCAUAAUCAACGGCGGCUUGGGCUUGAGGCUUGCGAGUGUGUCGAAGAAAUACGUCAUUGCCUACAGUGUAUGCGCGGGCGUCAUGGGAGCUGCUUACAUUGCAGCGAUGAUUGUUGGCGAGGUGAAGAAGGCAAGAAAGGGGCCAUCGGAGCUGUCGAAAUUUGAGAAGCAUGAGGUUAGUAGCGAGGAGGGUAUUUCCAAGGUGGGCACCAGCAGUCAUCGCUAG